ACGAACGAGCGAGCAAGUAGUGAAGAACAAAGGCUGAAGGAGAAUGCAAAGAGCAAACAUGACCUCCCAAAUGGCUCCCCACCACAUGAGAUCCUAGCAGACACCUCUCUAGUGCCCACAAUACUGUAUCAGCACAGAGUCAGAGGCCUGGUACUAGCCCUGCUUGUAGAGCCAGAAUUCAGCUCCAACCCCACCGCCAGAGAGAAAGUGUAUCACAGCAGCGUAGCAUCUCUGAAUGGGCUUGAGGCUCACCUGAGGAAUACUUCACCUGGGACCCCCGGCCCACAAGGGCCCUAUGCUUUUGCCCACUACGAUUGCAUUCAGAACACUCUCACUAUUUUAUAUUCCACAUUUGUCUGCUGGCUCUUCCGUGUAUGGAACCUAUUCUACGGCUCAGGAAGUGUAUUUUCUCCAUCAGUGAUCACCUGUGAGAAACUCUGGAAGUCCUGAUGCUCAGGAUAGUGGCUUCUCCCUACCCAGAAAAGCUUAUCAGCGAAUCCUUAAUGUUAAUUCCAACAUACAGUAUUUUAAUACAUUUUCAUACAUUCAAAUAAACAGUUGUAUUAGUUCAUGCACUAUGAACUAACAAUGUACAUUUGUAUUUUUUUUAGUAACAUUAACUAAGAUUGAUAAAUGCUGUGAAAUAUUGUUCAUUGUUAGUUCAAUAAAGCUAAUGCAUUAUCUAAUGCUAAUGAAUGGAAUCUUAUUGUAAAUUCUGUCAUCAUUACUCACCUUCAUGUUGUUCUAAACCAGUCUGACUUUCUAUCUUCCGUGGAACUCAAAAUGAGAUUUUCAGGAGAAUGUUAGUUUCAGUUUCAAGAGAGAAAUUCAUACAGGCUUGAGGGCGAGUAAUGAUUUACUCACUCGUAUUUCUGCACUGCAUUCUUAUUAUUCUUAUUACACCUAUUAGAUGUAAAUGAUGACAACGGAGGCUUCUUACUUACGUCUUUUUGUUUUUGUCUCAGGACAAGUCCCUUUUUACUUGGACUAGUGACUGACCAAUAUACUUGCCUGAAGGACAAGAACAUGACAAUGCUUAAUGUUGAGCCCUGCAUUCUGCUUCCCAGUUCAGUGCUUUAACCCACUAUGCCACCUCCACUCACUUUUGGAAAAGUCCCGUGGAGUGUGUAUUUGACAGUUUGCAAAGUUGCUCACUACAAAUUUGACGAAACGUUGGCACCUUUUCUGACACGGAUUUGAAUAAUAAUGUGUAGUGGUUACAAAUGUUUGGAACUGCAUGAAUAUGUGAAUCUGCACCUUUGCUUUCACACUGCAUGCAAACUGCUCUGAGACCACUUCAGAACACAAACUCCAUGAAGACAACCUGGCCACGACAAAUGCGUGGAGAGAGACUGCAGAUUAUAUGAAGUCAGAUACAUUUUCAACAAAAGUGGAAGGGGCUCUGUGACAACUUUAUUAAUAAGGGAAAGAAGCAAAGCAGUUAAUGUGACAAUCCUGAUAGACCUGCAUAAUUGGCAAUACUUCCGUGCCUGAAACAGUACAAAUUAAUUUUAAUUCUAGGCUUCGUUUGCCUAGUGCUUUAGUUGGUCCACGAGAAAAAAGUUUGGCUUCUUCCACAGUAUAAUUAAACUUUAAAGGUAAAAGAGCAAAUCCCUUUUUAGAUACAGAUAUUGCUCGUCAGUCAACUUGAUAGCGCGCAUGCGCAUUAGCUGGACCAGCCUGAAAUUUGUCGAGCUAAAGCAGCACAAUUUACAAUACCAUUGUUGCAAUAUUUAACUGCUGAUCCAAAAUAUGUUCUUUGACCAUAAUUCUGACCAACCGUA